AUGAAACAACAUAUUUCUCAUGUGAAGGGGAACGUAUCUUCAUGUCCAAAUUCUACAAAAGAUGAUCAAUUGAAAUGUCAAAAUUCUAUUAAUGAAGGGAAGUUAAAAAAGAAAGCUAAACAAAUGCAAUAUGAGGACUUAAGAUCAGAGGUGAGACAAGAAUUUAAUGAUCGUGUGGAUGGAGUAGAAGCUUCUUUGGGGUUGAAAGCACCAAAUGUUAUAGGCCCCAUGGAUUGUUUUGCAAACAUAAUAAACCCCGAAGAAGCAUUAAAUGCAAGAAAAGGAAAAAAUGUUUAUCUUAACAAUGUUGUCCGGAAAGAAAGAAUAUUAACGGUCCAUAAAUAUAUUAGUAGGUGGGCAUAUGAGAGUGCGAUUCCUUUUCAUGCAUUUGAAAGGGAUAGCUUCAAAAUGAUGUUGGAGGUUGUUGGACAAUUUGGAACCGGGCUUCCACCUCCUAGUAGAUAUGCUUUGAGUGACACACUUUUAAAGCAUGAGGUUGAAAGAACAAAAAAGUUGUUGAAAAAAAACGAACAAGAAUGGAAAGAGGAUGGAUGCUCGAUUAUGAAAGAUGCUUGGUCCGAUCGAAAGAGGAGGAGCAUUAUGAAUUUAUGUGUUAAUUUGAAGAUGGGUACUAUUUUUUUAUCUUCGGAAGAUUUUUCCAACGAAGCACAUACAAGCCAAAACAUAAUUGAGUAUGUGGAUUCUUGCAUUCAACAAGUUGGUCACGAGCAUGUUGUUCAAGUUGUGACCGAUAAUGCCACAAAUAACAUGGGGGCGGCAAAGUUGCUAAAAGAGAAAAGACCAUCUAUUUUUUGGACAUCAUAUGAAAAACAUACAAUUAACCUUAUGCUUGAAGGUAUCGGAGCACUCCCAAGGUUUAAAAAAAUCCUAGAUCAAGCAAAGAAACUAACCAUAUUCAUUUACGCUCACCACAAAACCUUGGCGAUGAUGAGAAGCUACACCAACAAAAGGGAAAUUAUUCGAUCAGGAGUCACGAGAUUUGCUUCCGCCUUCCUAACAUUACAAAGUUUGGCUGAAAAAAAAGGAGCAACUAAGACAUAUGUUUUCUAG